CUAGUCAUUCCUAUCAUGAAUACAAUAUCAUUUUAUUUUCGUCAAUUUUUUACUUUGAAUUUUGUAAAAAAAUUAGGACUUCCAAAUUAAAAUUCCCUAAAAAGUAUCACUACGCUUCCUUUUCCGGUGUGCUCGGCUCACGAAAAUGACAUCCAAGAGACGUAAUAAUGGACGUAAUAAGAAGGGACGCGGCCAUGUGCAGCCUGUGAGAUGCACUAACUGUGCUAGAUGUGUUCCAAAGGAUAAAGCAAUCAAGAAGUUUGUCAUCAGAAACAUUGUAGAAGCUGCUGCAGUUAGAGAUAUCUCUGAUGCUAGUGUAUAUGAUGUAUAUGCCCUGCCUAAGCUGUAUGCUAAACUUCUGUACUGUGUUUCAUGCGCCAUCCACUCUAAGGUAGUGAGGAACAGAUCACGUGAAGCCCGCAAGGACAGAACUCCACCAAUCCGCUUCAGACCUUUGAGACAGGAUGGUGGUGCACCCAGACCUGGACAGACUGGUGGAGCUGCUCGUUAACUUGUAUAUUCUAUGUAAAUGAUGUAGAAAUAAACACCAGAAAGUCCAUACAAA